AUGCGGUCUCUAAACCCUUUCGGUUCGGCGAGUGGGCGAUACACCUUUUUCGACGUUCGACUCGACAAUGACUUCAUCGUUUUCCGGGGUAACGACCACGAGGCAUCAGGCCAGCUUCUCAAGGGCACCGUCGUCCUCUGCCUACAUUCGCCGCUCAAACUAGAAGCAAUACACCUAAAGCUGGUCGGCGCCGCCCACUAUACCUGGACCGAUGCGAAAGUAACAGCAACAGGGAUAUCGACCCAUAAAGUUGCCAAAACAGCACCAUUCCUCGAGCACCGAUGGACCCCGUUCGAAGGCAUUGGCGCGCUAGACCCGACCAACGAUUCACGCUUGCAAACCAGGGGUAUCACACUGGACGCCGGAAAUUACGAAUGGCCAUUCGAGCUGAUGCUCGAUGGCGACACGACCGAGAGUGUGGAGGGGCUACGGGAAGCCGGCGUCCAGUACAAGCUCAAGGCGACCAUAGCAAGGGGCAAGUUGAUGCAUGACAUCCACGCUUACAAGCAGUUUCGUGUGAUCCGAACCCUGGAGGCCUCGGCACUCGAAUUUCUCCAUGCUAUGAGCAUUGAGAACAUCUGGCCCAACAAGAUCGACUACUCGAUCGUCGUACCACAAAAAGCAGUUGUUUUUGGCAGCUGCAUCCCUGUUGAGAUGAGGUUUACGCCGCUGCUCAAAGGCCUCGAGAUUGGCGACGUUACCAUCAAGUUGAUCGAGAUCCACGACAUCAUCCUCCAUGGCGUUUCCGGCCACAGCCUCCGAGAGCACAAGAAGGAAAGGGAAAUCGACUCCUGGACGAUAUCGGUGACCCGGGAGGAACACUGGCAAGAUGUAAUCCAGGACAGCGGGCCGGAGGGUUGGGAGGGACAGGAGGGUUGGGUGGUCCACACGACUUUGAAUCUACCUAAGAGGUUGACCAAGUGUCUGCAGGACGUGAACGUCAAGGGAAUCAAGAUUCGGCACAAGCUCAAGGUGGUGGUGGCACUCAACAACCCAGACGGCCACGUCUCGGAACUGCGUGCAACGUUACCCGUCUCCAUCUUCAUCUCGCCCAACAUGCCGUUGGACGAAACCGGAACACUUGUGCGACAGCUUCCCAGCGGUGCGUCUCGCGAAGCAGCUACUAUUGCACCGCCGGCCUAUGAGCACCAUCGCCUAGACCAGCUCUAUGCCGAUAUUGAACCGAUGAGCCUCAACCCCAACCUCCACUCCAACCUCAACUCACCCCUUGGCGGCCGGUCAGGGGUCAACAGCCCGUUCCCUGGUCACUCAAGGGCAGGGUCCACAGAAAACCUCCCAGCCCUACUGGAAACUUCUGCCAUUCAACCGGACGUGCUGGCGCAUAGGCUGCACAGCAUGUCUCUAGAGGACAGACACCGGAACACAUCGUGGAACUCGAACCUCUCGGCAGCUGGCGGUCCUCCCACUCCCGGAGAAGAUGUCCACAUUUCCCCGCCCACCUCCGCGCCGCUCACCCGGCACAAUAGCGGUGAUAGCCCUGUGGGCUCCCACACGCCACCCGAGCACCUCGAUUUUACCGAGACAUCGGAGCUGUCUAAGGUGCCCAGCUACCAGACUGCCGUCCGGACUCCCGUUCGCUCGCUCGUAUCGGAAGUCCACGGCCUUCCCGACUAUCAAACCGCCCUCAGCGCACCCAGCUCUCCGCCGGGCACCCCACGGUUAAUCGCCGCCCAGACACCCACCAUCGCCGAGAGCAUAGAGGACCACGUCUCCAUUCCCUCGCCAGCAGAAGAACUCCUAGGUUAUGCGACUGCGCCGGCGACGGGUUUGGCGGGACCGUGGCCGCAUAUCUCGGUUCCCCGCUCCGGCCUCGCUCCGACCUCUACUCCCGGUCAGUCCUUGGCCCGUAACCCGAUAUCCGCACCCGUGACGGCACCGGCCUCACGAGAGCCCAGCCCACCAGCGCCGACCCGCAGGCCGAUGCUGCAUAGGAGGCAGUUUUCUGCAAGCCUCAUCCAAGGGGUACGGAAUAUCGUGGGUGAUGGGGAUGAGGGUCGACGGUUACACUUGUUGCAGGCGAGGAUUGGGUAG